AGCUCUUCUACUAUAUAGAAGCUUGGUCUUUCUUUUCCGGUCUUAAUCGCGGAAAGGCAGGGUCUCUUCUCCUUUGCUAGCCGCGAUCCAUCCAGUGCAGAAAUGACGUCCAAAGUAUCGCGUGAUACUCUGUACGAGUGUGUGAACUCGGUUAUUCAAAACUCACAGGAUAAAAAAAGAAAAUUUUUAGAAACAGUGGAACUACAAAUCGGUUUGAAGAAUUAUGAUCCGCAAAAGGACAAACGUUUCUCAGGCACCGUCAAGUUAAAAAAUAUUCCAAGACCAAAGAUGCAAGUUUGUGUUCUGGGUGACCAACAACAUUGUGAUGAAGCUAAAGCCAAUAAUAUUCCAUAUAUGGAUGCUGAAGCAUUGAAAAAAUUGAAUAAAAAUAAGAAACUUGUAAAAAAGUUAGCUAAAAAAUAUGAUGCAUUCUUGGCUAGCGAAUCUUUAAUUAAGCAAAUUCCACGUAUUGUUGGUCCUGGACUUAACAAAGCUGGUAAAUUUCCUGGUCUUCUUUCUCAUCAAGAAUCAAUGGUGGGAAAGAUUGAUGAGGUGAAGGCUACAAUUAAAUUCCAAAUGAAAAAGGUAUUGUGUCUAUCAGUAGCGGUAGGACACGUGGAAAUGACUCCUGAUGAACUGGUCCAAAACGUACAUCUUUCAAUCAAUUUUUUGGUUUCGUUGUUGAAAAAACAUUGGCAGAAUGUGCGUUCCCUUCAUAUCAAAUCUUCUAUGGGACCUCCUCAACGGCUGUACUAAUUCAGUUAGUACAAUUGUUUUUGAUGUGCAUCAAAUAAAAAUAUAAUUUCAAUACUUA